ACGACGCCUAACUGAACACAGCUAUUAUUUUUUUUAAACCCAUAAUAUUAGGACUUACGGGACGUAUUCAGCGAUGUUGAACUGUAGGUUGAAGAUAAGCCUAGUGUAUUAACAACAACUGAUUUAGCGCGAUUUUUGAAAGGAAACGUAACUUCGUAUUUGUUGAAAACAGAUGCUAGUUUCAGGGUAAAAGACCGUGUUGAACAAAGUGCGUUAAGGACCAAUAAACAAAAGGACUAAUAAAACAUUUUUUUGCAAGGAUGACAAAGAACUGAAAAGCUCCAAUGCCACGACUUCACUUUCUGAUCAUUGCGCAUCUUAUUGGUUUUAGGUGUAAAGAUAUUAGUUAUAAAUAAACAGAAAAAGAUGCGAACGUUUAGAGUUUAACUGUAGAUGGCUUCUUCGAAGGUUUGCUGUGCCAUCUCUCCUUUAGCUCAAAAACUAAAACUAAAAACAAACCAAAACUCCCAGAUUUCAGAAGAACGAUCUGUCUUUGAACACGUGCAAAUGGGAUUAUGCAGUCGUAAAUAAAUUAUUUGUAAACUCGUAUUUGACUUCUGACAUCGCAUCCUUAAAGGUCAUAAGUAGAACGGUCAGAAUCUAAAUACUGUAUUGUGAGUUCUUGGUUUUUUGUUUGUUUUUAUUUUAAGAAGGAGACUAUGCGAAAAGCUGCUACCUUCAUACUUUUUUCCAUACUUCUCGUGCCGGCACGUCUCUCACCGGAAAAUUCUCUCGUGCCGGCACGUCCUUCAGCGGAGAAUUCGAUUUUCACCAUGGGAUAUUUGACGGGCUCGAAACGUCGGCCAGGCAACAAGGACUACCCGAGGUACGGACUAACGAUAUCCGGUGCUAUAAGCCUAGCCGUGGACGAGAUAAAUAAGGACCACCCUCUUCGUGACAACCACACGCUAGACUUUCUCGUGGCUGAGACUUACGGCGAGGAAACGGAGAGUAUUUUUCAGACAGCUAAACUCUGGACCCAAAACGUUUCGGUGUACAUCGGGCCUCAAGAAACUUGCGUACACGAAGCUCGUAUAGCUGCCAGUUUCAACUUGCCUAUGAUAUCCUACUUCUGUGCUCAUCAUGAAACAUCUAACAAACUGUUGUUUCCAACAUUUGCAAGGACUAGACCUCCGGACACACAGAUCUCCAAAUCUGUAGCUUCUCUCCUUCUGAACUUCAAUUGGAAGAAGGUCGCCUUCCUCUACUCAACAACACCAGACCGUGGAUUUCGAGAAGUAGCAAGCACUAUUCUUAAGACUAUUAAAGAUGUUGGAGUGGAGAUACAGUACGAAGGGACCUGGCCUGAUACGUAUCACUAUGGUUACGGAGUCAAUCCUUUCGACAAACUUGUAGACGAGUCUUAUAAAAUAGCUCGGA